AUGUUGUUAGCUCAAAUCAAUCGAGAUUCUCAGGGAAUUACGGAGUUUCCUGGAGGAGGAAUGGAGGCUCAGCAUGUUACCCUGUGCCUGACAGAGGCAGUAACUGUGGCAGAUGCUGACAAUUUAGAAAAUAUGGAAGGUGUAAGCUUGCAAGCAGUAACACUUGCAGAUGGUUCUACCGCUUAUAUACAACACAAUUCUAAAGAUGGAAAGCUCAUAGAUGGGCAGGUCAUUCAGUUGGAAGACGGUUCUGCUGCCUAUGUUCAACAUGUACCCCUACCUAAAAGUAGGGACAGUUUACGUCUAGAGGAUGGUCAAGCCGUGCAGUUAGAAGAUGGAACUACAGCCUUCAUUCACCAUACCUCCAAAGAUAGUUAUGACCAGAGCGCAUUACAGGCAGUUCAGCUGGAAGAUGGCACCACAGCUUACAUCCACCAUGCAGUGCAAGUCCCACAGUCCGAUACCAUCCUAGCAAUUCAGGCUGAUGGUACAGUGGCAGGUCUGCACACGGGGGAUGCCACGAUUGAUCCUGAAACCAUCAGUGCUUUGGAACAGUAUGCAGCAAAGGUGUCCAUUGAUGGAAGUGAAAGUAUAACAGGUGCUGGAAUGAUUGGAGAAAGUGAGCAAGAGAAAAAAAUGCAGAUUGUCUUACAAGGACAUGCAACAAGAGUAACUGCUAAGUCUCAACAGAGUGGAGAGAAGGCGUUUCGAUGUGAAUAUGAUGGAUGUGGAAAAUUAUAUACAACAGCUCAUCAUCUUAAGGUUCAUGAGAGGUCACACACAGGAGACCGGCCUUAUCAGUGUGAGCAUCCUGGCUGUGGGAAAGCAUUUGCAACAGGUUAUGGAUUAAAAAGUCAUGUCAGAACUCAUACAGGAGAAAAGCCAUAUCGAUGUUCAGAAGAUAAUUGUACUAAAUCCUUUAAAACUUCAGGAGACCUACAGAAACAUAUCAGGACUCAUACAGGAGAAAGACCCUUUAAAUGUAAUUUUGAAGGCUGUGGACGGUCUUUUACAACAUCAAAUAUCAGAAAAGUGCAUAUUAGGACACACACAGGAGAAAGACCUUAUUACUGCACAGAACCAGGAUGUGGAAGGGCAUUUGCCAGUGCAACCAAUUAUAAAAACCAUGUGAGGAUACACACAGGGGAAAAGCCAUAUGUUUGUACAGUCCCUGGGUGUGACAAAAGGUUUACAGAAUAUUCCAGUUUGUAUAAACAUCAUGUUGUCCACACUCACUCCAAACCUUACAACUGUAACCACUGUGGGAAGACAUACAAGCAAAUCUCCACGCUGGCCAUGCACAAGCGGACCGCCCACAACGACACGGAGCCCAUCGAGGAGGAGCAGGAGGCCUUCUUUGAGCCUCCCCCAGGUCAAGGUGAAGAUGUUCUUAAAGGGCCCCAGAUUACAUACGUCACGGGUGUAGAAGGGGAUGACGUUGUGUCUACACAAGUAGCCACGGUAACCCAGUCUGGGUUGAGUCAACAGGUUACACUCAUAUCUCAGGAUGGGACUCAGCAUGUCAACAUAUCUCAAGCUGACAUGCAAGCCAUUGGCAAUACCAUCACAAUGGUAACACAGGAUGGCACGCCCAUCACAGUCCCUGCUCACGAUGCAGUCAUCUCCUCAGCAGGGACACACUCUGUUGCUAUGGUAACUGCCGAGGGUACAGAAGGACAGCAGGUUGCAAUUGUGGCUCAGGACUUGGCAGCAUUCCACACUGCAUCAUCAGAAUUGGGGCACCAGCAGCACAGCCAUCACUUAGUAACCACAGAAACCAGACCUCUGACCUUAGUGGCAACAUCCAAUGGUACCCAGAUUGCAGUUCAGCUUGGAGAACAGCCAUCUCUGGAAGAAGCCAUCAGAAUAGCAUCCAGGAUCCAACAAGGAGAAACACCAGGGCUGGACGACUAA